ACUAACUACGGGGGGGAACCAUAUUCACCACAACGCUCCCGCGUCGCACGUAGACGACGCAGCGUUAGCAGUAGCAUUAGCUGCAGGCGUUAGCAUGUCACUACGUCGCUCUCUUUGAACGCAGACUGGAUUAACAACACGAGGAAACGGAGAUGUCGUCUGUUUGUGGUACCGGCAAUGGCUUCCAAGAUGAGCGACAAGAGGUCACAGAGAAACAGGACCUGGCGCAUCCACGACUACUCAUCCCUGAGUUAUGUCGACUCUUCUACCAGCUGGGAUGGGUGACAGGGACGGGCGGAGGGAUCAGUAUCAGACGAGGAGAGCACAUCUACAUCGCACCAUCCGGUGUCCAGAAGGAGAGAAUGCAGCCAGAAGACCUGUUUGUGUGUGACAUGGAGGAGAGGGACAUCAGCUGUCCGCCUCCCUUGAAGAAGUUAAAGAAGAGCCAGUGCACGCCGCUCUUUAUGAAUGCCUACACUAUGAGAGGGGCUCAGGCAGUCAUACACACCCACUCCAAGGCUGCUGUCAUGGCAACGCUGCUGUAUCCUGGCAAAGAGUUCAGGAUAACACACCAGGAGAUGAUCAAGGGGAUUCGCAAGGGCACCUCAGGUUCCAACUAUCGGUACGAUGACACCUUGGUGGUGCCAAUUAUUGAAAAUACACCAGAGGAGAAGGACUUGAAAGACCGGAUGGCUCGAGCGAUGGAUGAAUACCCUGAUUCAUGCGCGGUCCUCGUGCGCCGGCACGGUGUUUAUGUCUGGGGUGAGACGUGGGAGAAAGCCAAGACCAUGUGCGAAUGCUACGACUACCUGUUCGAUAUCUCCGUCCAGAUGAAGCAGUGUGGACUGGACCCUUCUGCCCUCCCACUGGAACACAAAAUUUGACACUCGCUGGCGCUUUUUAAGGAGACGUUUGUCGCAGAACGGCCCGGUGGAAUUCAAUCAGCAGAUUGUAAUCAUUUGCCUUUCACGCUGGUCUGCUUCAAAUUUGAUGAAAUUUGAUGGUGCGGGCUGAUUCAGGGUUGGAGGAGAUGGAACGCUCGUGAUCCAGAAGCACCUGGAGGUACGCUGCAAAGCACUGUGGGAAGACUCCCGAGUGAGCUGCAGUCAAAUCAACGUCCUCGGGUUCGAAUGGUUUCUUAUUCCAAGUUUGACGGUGCUGGAAUCAAGGUCUUGGUGAACGGCAUGAACGUGGUGUAUAGCCUUUAUUUCAAUUGAUCUGUUGUCAAUAAAAAGAAUGGAAUGUAAA